UGAUAAAUAGUUUUAGUGGCGUGUGACUGAGUGCAGAGAAUCACGUUUAUAACUGACCUUAAGCUAGCGCGAUGGUUUUCAUUAGUUUUAUUGUGUUGAAUCUCAUAUUAGCGUUACUUUAUAUAACGUAUUGUAAAUUAACAUACGGUAUAAAUAAAUGCAGCAGGCAUUUGGUCAGCAAAGUGGUGAUAGUGACCGGAAGCAACAACGGUAUAGGAUACGAGACAGCAAAAGACUUAGCGGAGCGUGGAGCCCGGGUAAUACUCGCUUGCAGGAACGAUCUACGCGGUACCAAGGCCAGAGACCAGAUCAUUGCAGAAUCAGGGAACCACGAUGUGCAUUAUCGUCAGUUGGAUUUAGCGUCAUUUGGUUCUGUCAGAAGAUUCGCUGAAGAAUUCAUUAAAACCGAAAAUCGUUUAGACAUUCUUAUCAACAAUGCUGGAGUACUCGUCGUGGACAAUGUAAAGACGGAAAACGGCUUGUUUGUCGGUAUGCAAGCAAAUCACUUCGGGCCAUUUCUGCUCACGAAGCUUCUUCUUCCGCUAAUUAAAUCGUCAGCUCCGAGUCGCAUCAUCAACGUUUCUUCCCUAGCCUACUCAAAAGGAAUUAUUGAUUUUAACAAUUUAAAUUUGGAAAAAGAAACCCCGCAGUCAUACAGUAAAAUACAAGCAUAUAAAAACAGCAAGCUGUGUAAUGUUCUAAUGACCACUGAGUUGGCAAGACGGCUUGAAGGUACUAGAGUGACUGCUAAUUGCUUACAUCCCGGCUUAGUAAAAACUGAAAUUGUAAAUUCUGAUAAACUGCCAUUUUCGAAGUACUGGGUUCCUAUCGCAAGUUUAUUUGUUAAGACCCCUCGGGAAGGGGCUCAGACUUCAAUAUACCUGGCGGUGUCUCCUGAGGUAGAAAACGUAACCGGCUGCUAUUUCGCCGAUUGUCAGGUUAAAACUUUAACCGAAACGGGGCGUAAUACUGAACUGGCUCGCCGUCUCUGGGAAGAGUCUGAAAAAAUAAUUGCGAAGAAAUGAAAUAUAUAUAUAAAUUUAUAUAUAAAAUGAAUAUAAUAAGGUAUUUAUAUAUACCUAGUCAGGUCAUAAGUAUCGUCACACAGUAAAAACUUUUCUUUUAGAAUGCAGGCCACAAAAAUUUUUAUUGAAUUCGAAUUUCGAAUUGAUCAUGAAAAUAAAAAUGUAUACUUUUAGAAUUUUACUCAUUUUUAAAUAUGGAGUGGACGCUUAAAGAAGACCGUGUUGCAGUUAUUGCGUUGCAUCGUUGCGGUUACGCGCCAAUUCAAAUUUUUAACAUACUGAAAAAUUUGAAUAUAACCAAAAGAUUCGUUUAUCGUACCAUCAAACGAUACAAUGAAGACUCUAGUGUAGAUGACAGGUCAAGAAGUGGUCGCCCUCGGUCUGUUAGGACUCCAGCAGUGAUAAAAGCUGUGAAGGCGCGAAUUCAAAGAAAUCCCAAACGUAAGCAGAAACUGUUGGCCCUUCAGAUGGGGUUAAGCAGAACCACGGUGAAAAGGGUGUUAAAUGAAGACUUAGGGCUUCGGGCAUAUCGAAGAAAAACAGGACAUCGUUUGAAUGCUCGUCUAAUGGACCUGAGACUGAAGAGAUGCUGCGAUUUGUUGAAGCGGUACGCGGGAAAAAUAUAUCGGGAAAUUCUUUUUUCGGAUGAAAAAUUUUUUACCGUAGAAGAGAGCUACAACAAACAAAAUGAUAAGGUGUACGCACACAGUAGUCAAGAAGCGAGCAACCGUAUUCCGCGUGUCCAAUGAGGUCAUUUUCCAUCCUCGCUCAUGGUAUGGUUGGGAGUUUCUUAUUGGGGCUUAACAGAGGUACAUUUUUGUGAAAGGGGUGUAAAAACGAAUGCAGUUGUGUAUCAAAAUACAGUCCUGACGAACCUUGUGGAACCUGUUUCUCAUACCAUGUUCAAUAACAGGCACUGGGUAUUCCAACAAGAUUCGGCGCCAGCUCAUAGAGCGAAGAGCACACAAGACUGGCUGGCGGCGCGUGAAGUCGACUUCAUCCGGCACGAAGACUAGCCCUCCUCCAGUCCAGAUUUGAAUCCGUUAGAUUACAAGAUAUGGCAACACUUGGAGGAAAAGGCGUGCUCAAAGCCUCAUCCCAAUUUGGAGUCACUCAAGACAUCCUUGAUUAAGGCAGCCGCCGAUAUUGACAUGGACCUCGUUCGUGCUGCGAUAGACGACUGGCCGCGCAGAUUGAAGGCCUGUAUUCAAAAUCACGGAGGUCAUUUUGAAUAAACUUUAGUGUCAUAAGAAUCUAUGCUUUGUUAAGUUCAUUUUGGUAUAUGAAUGGUUACAUAAUGAAUAAACUUGUUUCAAUUAUUUUACAUUAAACAUGUGACAGUAUUUACGACCUGACUAGGUAUAUAGAAAAAAAUAUAUGAAAGUAAUAAAAUCAAAAGAUAAUUUUCACA